GCGAGCCCCAAGCCUCCUGCGUUGGUGGAACGGGACGGGGUCCCCGUCCUCCCCGCUGGCUCUCCGUCCGCUGGCCGCCCCCCACCCUCCCGUCCCUUCCCGGGUGUCUCCCGGCUCCAUGUUCAUAUUUGGCGUUGGACGCCGGUGCCCAGGAAUUUCCCGUCAUGCUCCCCGGGCGGCGGGCCCGUGACUGCCAUCCCGAGGGGGGGGAUGUGUGGGGGGGUGUGAGGGGGGAGCCGCGGCCGCUCGCUCGCUCGCUCCCAGGGGCCUCUCCUCAUGCGCGCUGCGCCCCCGCUCCUCUCCGCGCUCUGCCUGGCGCUGGCAGCCGCCGCAGGAGCUGCAGCUCUUGCCCCUGUUCUUUGCCUCUGGUUUUGUUGGUGAGGAUAUCACAGUGAUGUCUGCAUUCAACCUGCUGCAUUUGGUGACAAAGAGCCAGCCAGUGGCCCUGCGAGCCUGUGGGCUUCCCUCAGGGUCAUGUAGGGAUAAGAAGGACUGUAAGGUGGCCUUUUCCCAGGAGGAGCUGAGGAAGCGGCUGACACCCUUGCAGUACCACGUCACUCAGGAGAAGGGGACUGAAAGUGCCUUUGAGGGGGAGUACACACAUCAUAAAGCUCAAGGAAUAUACAAAUGUGUUGUCUGUGGAACUCCUUUGUUCAAGUCAGAAACAAAGUUUGACUCCAAUUCAGGUUGGCCUUCCUUCUAUGAUGUGAUCAGUCCUGAUGUGGUUACUUUCAAUGAUGAUUUCUCCUAUGGGAUGCAUCGGAUUGAAAUAUCCUGCAGUCAGUGUGGUGCUCACCUGGGGCAUAUUUUUGAUGAUGGACCCCGUCCAACUGGCAAACGGUACUGCACAAACUCUGCUUCGUUAUCUUUCAAGCCAACAGACAAGAACAACACCGGGGAAGGCAGCGGUAAUGCCAGUCCUGCCCAAACAGGCAAAGCUGAGCUGUAGGAUGAAGCAAAGCCUGCAGGAAACUCUGCUGAUCCCACACAGCUUACAAGGAAUGUUUUCUAAGUUGCCUGCUCUCUUAUAUCCUAAGAAUGUUCAAAUGUAUGAAAGCAUUUUGCACCAUCCCUCUCCUUCCUCACCUUUUUGGAACUGGGGCCUUGCCUGCCAGUGCAUUUACCGUAUAAUUGGUUUGAAAAACGUGUUGACUGAUUCCAUGUGUUUUCUUUUCCUUUCUCUUCUUUGAGAUUGCUUUGGGGAAUCUUUAACUUGAGAGGCUUUGGCAUCAUUAGUUGUUAGUUUCUUUUUAAUGCUGUGUUAUUUCAGGUUUGAACACUAUUUUUUUUGUGUGGGAGAGGGGACUUACGUUUAUCUCCAAUCUCUAGGAAAGUUCUGGGCAUAAGAAAAUCCUGAAUUCCUAGCACAUCUCUUCUUUGUUCCGACUUGCAAGGCAUGCAGCCUUUGGUCAUAUAUAUUCAGCCAUCUCCCAGCAUCAGCCGCACCCUGCAAAAACUUGUAGUUAUGGCUGUUCCUUCCUAACUGGGAGAGAUGGAUGAGAUGUGAAGCCCAUCCUUUGGCUAAUUUCCUGCCAAAAUUCCAAGGGUGUGGUUGAAAGGACGUAAACAUUCUCUCAGCAUCUAUUUUUCCCCUUUGUUUGGUAUUUAAAUCGAAGUUUUAACUAGAAAGCCUCACUUUUUGUGGGCUACUAAUGAGGCUUUGUCUUUUCGUGAGGCCUGUUCAGCAACUGUAACUCAAAUCUGAAUUAAAAUUGAAAUCUGCAGGGGGUAAUUAUAUGGACAAGUGCAGAGAUAAACUUGAGAAGUGAAGUAGAUGAGGGGUGACAUUAGACUCUUUAUCUUGUUGGUAGCUAUGAGGAUUCAGAAACACAACAGUUUCUGCUGAAAGGGAGUUUAGGAAUGAAUGCAGCAGAAAGAGGGGAGACCCUGCUGAAGUAUCCAAUUUUAAAGAUUAGCUGGUCUGGAUGCAGGCUGCCUACAAGGCCACAACCUUUAAUUUGUGCAAUUGUGGUGUAGGACAUGAGUGAGAGGGAUGGUUUAAGAAAUGAAUUUGAAAAAAAGCCUGUCAGAGCUCCAGAAUUAUUCAUGUAGCAAAAUUUGCUAUCCACUAAGAUGUUUUCACAGCUGCUUUUAGAUUUUUUUGAAUAACAUUUUCUCUAGAAUUGUGUAUAAUACUUUUCUUUAAGCUAUACUAUGCCCUAUUUGCUAUCACCACUUUGCCUUUAAGCUUUGAGAAACUUAAUGAAUAUUGUAUUUACUUUUAUUAGCAAAUUUUGCAAAUAAUAUAUUUGGAUCCGAUGUUAUUUCUAGUAUGAGCAAAACAGCGACUGAUUUUUAUGGAAGCAGGAUUUAUUUUUUUAGGUCAGUGAUAACAAAUAUAUUAUCUGAAGUGCAGACAUCUUCCAGUUGAAAUGUGGCUACUGUAAAAGUGUACGUAAUGGUCAGAAUUGCCUUUUUUUGCAGCAUAAGAGAGACAUGACAAAAGCAGACAAUAUGUUAAUAUUGGGUAGGUGCAAGUAAGGAUGAUAAAUAUUUAGAGCUAAAACACUCAAGAUCUACUGCAAGUAGCAAGCACCCUCUCACAUGAAUAUUCCCCAAGAUGUCAUGCAAGGAACUGCUCAUUUGCUGCAGGAAAGAUUGUGCAGUUUGACCUUUGGUGUUUCAAGGCAGUUGAGUUUCUGCUG